AUGUCGGUCCGCGUCGUCGCCAGGCUGCGGCCUCUCCUGUCCAAGGAGCUGGACAAGGACAUCAUUGUUCGAACCGACAGCGUCGACCCCGAGAAGCCGCCGACGGUUGUCAAGAUCCCGAAUCCGCGCAACGAGAGCGAGGAGUUUUCGUUUACUUUCAACGGCGUCUAUGACCAGGAGACGUCGCAGGAGACCCUGUUUACUUCGGAAGUGGCACCACAUCUCAAAUCGCUAUUUCAGGGUGUUGAUGUCACCAUCUUCGCGUAUGGAGUUACCGGUACGGGAAAGACGCAUACGAUGCGAGGAGGGAUGAAGCUGGCCGAGCGAGGUGUCAUUCCCCGGCUGCUUAGUGGCGUGUUCCGCAGAGGAAAGAAGAUUAUGAAGGAGUCAGAAGGAAGCACAGUAGUGGAGGUGGCCCUAUCAUACUACGAGAUCUACAACGACAAGGUCUACGACCUGCUGGAACCCCCUGAGAAACGGACACCAACUGGACUGCCUCUCCGUGCAGAGGCCAACGGCAAGACUGUCGUAGUGGGCUUGACAGAGCGAGCCUGCGAAGAUCUAAAAGACUUCGAGAAGCUAUAUGUCGAGGCCAACAACCACCGCGUAACGGCUGCCACCAAGCUAAACGCUCUCAGCAGUCGAAGUCACGCCAUUCUACGGGUCAAGCUGACGCAGACAACCGGUAACAUGGUUCGUGAAAGCACAGCAUCCGCCAUUGAUCUGGCUGGUUCGGAGGACAAUCGCAGGACCGAUAACGACAAGGAGCGGAUGGUGGAAUCAGCGGCCAUCAACAAGAGCUUGUUUGUUCUCAGCCAGUGUAUCGAUGCCAUAUCACAAGGAGCCAAGAGGAUACCUUAUCGCGAGUCUAAGAUGACCAGAAUUCUGUCAUUGGGUCAGAAUAACGGCAUCACAGUUAUGAUCCUAAACUUAUCACCACUGCGAAAUUAUCACUUGGAUACUCUUAGCAGCUUAAACGUGAGCUCUCGAGCCAAGCGCAUCGAGGUCCGCGAGAUUGAGAAUGAGGUCGUUUUCAAGCAGGUUCCUAGAACGAACUCUGCUACAGCUAACCAACGACAGCCAUUGAAAAACUUGGCCAAUGCGAUCAAUACUCACAACGUUAGCAGCGGAAAAACUGCAGAAAAACCAACGGAAGCAGCCAAGCCCGUCAAGGCAUUUAGCGUAUAUACAGACAAGGCAAAGCCUUCAGGAAUUGCGCGCCCUAGAACCAGCUCUGGCCUUACCAGCUCUGGCCUUACCAGCUCUGGCCCUAGAAUCAGCUCGGGUGCGACUCGCUCCUCUUCCCAGACCCGUCGUUCAUCGCUGAAGCGGCCCUCCGACACAGAAUCAACCUCUCGACCCAGCAAGCUUGCUCGACCAAUCGUCCAUCAAACCCCUCAGCGGCAGGUGACUCAGCCCUCGCGACCCUCACUGUCCUCGCAACCUUCGGAAGCUUCACAGCCUUCACCUUUACAGCAAACUGUCACUGUAACGGCAGCUGAGAUUGAGGCUAUGGUUGAGAGGAAAGUCAGCGAGAUACUAGCAGCGAGAGAAGCAGCUGAAGAAUCUCUGCGGCGGACACAAAUUACCCCAGAGGCCGGUGAUGCGGUUCAAAGACGGCUGGAAGCUUUGGAGCGGCGGAUUGAAAAUGAAGAAUGGAGAGAAGAUGCCAAAUCCGAGGGACUGCGGCUUCUACUGGCAGCAAGGCAUCACAGAGAGCGCGGAGAUGAUGCUGCUGCGCUCAAAGCCUAUGAGAUGGCUCUUCCAUAUUUCCCCAAUCAGCCAAAGCUCAUGGGAAAGAUUGAACGUCUACGAGCUCGUAUAGAGGCUUCAGGGGGCGCAUCGUCUCCUGAGAAGAGGGAAAGAAGAAGAGAACGCAAACCGAGACGCAAGACUGUGAGCUCGGCGGAAGAUGAUGAUGAUGCUGAAGCAGACGGAGAAGAAGAAGAAGAAGAAUGUCAAGCUUCGACGCCAAAGAUCAAGGCCAGCAAGCUCAAGGCCAGAAGAGCACCAAAAACUCUCCCCACGGAAGAAGAAGACGAUGACAAUUCACCUAAUACUCAACGACUACUAGACGUGGUCAACUCACGGGACACAACUCAAAUCCAAGGUCUUGUAGGAUUCGGCGCGAAGAAGGCUCAGGAUCUGGUAGGCUAUCUAGAGCUGGCGAGCACUGAGGGCGGUAGCGACAUUGAGACGCUGUCUCAACUACGAACGAUUCCAGGCCUGGGCGGCCGAACAGUAGACCGCGCAUACGAAGGAUUGGUAGCGAAGGCAUAA